GUCGUCAUUUCCCCCCACAGACACAAAGUAGUCCUUUCAGUCGGGUGGAAGUCCUCUCUUCCUCUACCGACAUCAUGGGUCGCAUGCACGCUCCGGGAAAGGGUUUGUCCCAGUCGGCGUUGCCUUACAGGCGAAGUGUCCCCACUUGGCUGAAGCUGGCCUCUGAUGAUGUCAAGGAACAGAUCUUCAAGCUGGCCAAGAAGGGAUUGACCCCCUCUCAGAUUGGUGUCAUUCUGAGGGACUCCCACGGUGUGGCCCAGGUGCGCUUUGUCACCGGCAACAAGAUUUUGAGGAUCCUUAAAACCAAGGGCCUGGCCCCAGACCUCCCAGAGGACCUGUAUCACCUCAUCAAGAAGGCUGUGGCUGUCAGGAAGCAUCUGGAGAGGAGCAGAAAGGACAAGGAUGCCAAGUUCCGCCUGAUCCUCACCGAGAGCAGGAUCCACAGGCUGGCCCGUUACUAUAAGACCAGGAGAGUACUUGCUCCCAACUGGAAGUAUGAGUCGUCAACAGCUUCUGCUCUGGUGGCAUAAUCAUCACGUUUUGGAGAAAUAAAGAAUUUGGAUUAAAAUAUUAA